GAGGGGAUCUGAGGGGGCGGGUCAAGCUCCUACUGUCACUUCCUUGUCAACAGAAAUCUGAAUUCACAGGACAAAAUCUGCAAAAAUGCUGCACAGGAUUCUGAGUGUGACAACCAGGGAUGUGAGAUUUCCCACGUCUCAGGAGCAACAUGGUUCAGAUGCAAUGCACACAGACCCGGAUUAUUCGGUCGCAUAUGUGGUUAUCGACACGGACAGCGGGCUGAAAGGUUUCGGCAUCACCUUCACUUUAGGAAAAGGAACCGAGAUAGUGGUUCGUGCUGUGGAGGCUCUGGCAGGGCUGGUUGUUGGUAAAUCUUUACAGGAGAUUGUGAGUGACUUUCGUGGAUUUUACCGCCUCCUGACCAGCGAUAGUCAGAUGAGAUGGUUGGGCCCAGAAAAAGGAGUGAUCCACUUGGCCACAGCUGCAGUCCUGAAUGCUGUAUGGGACCUAUGGGCAAGGUCAGAGUCUAAGCCGCUGUGGAAGCUGCUUGUUGACAUGAGUCCCAAGCAGAUUGUCUCCUGCAUUGACUUCAGAUACAUCACUGAUGUGCUCACAGAGGAGGAGGCUGUUGAGAUACUCGAGAAGGCGAAGGAGGGCAUGCAGCAGAGAGAGGAACAAAUGCUGAGAGAGGGUUAUCCUGCCUACACCACCUCCUGUGCCUGGCUUGGAUACUCAGAUGAACAACUCAGAGAGCUCUGCACAGACGCACUCAAAAGCGGUUGGACUAAAUUCAAGGUGAAAGUUGGUGCAGAUCUGGAGGACGACAUUCGCAGGUGCCGCCUCAUAAGGCAGAUGAUUGGACCCGAGAACACUUUGAUGAUCGAUGCCAACCAGAGAUGGGACGUCGGCGAGGCCAUCAGCUGGGUGACCAGUCUUGCUGAAUUCAAACCUCUGUGGAUCGAGGAGCCCACGUGUCCGGAUGACAUCCUGGGUCACGCUACUAUCUCUAAGGCUUUGGCUCCUCUCGGGAUUGGAGUGGCCACAGGAGAACAGUGUCACAACAGGGUGAUGUUUAAGCAGUUCCUCCAGGCCUCGGCUCUGCAGUUUGUGCAGAUCGACAGCUGUCGGCUGGGGAGUGUCAAUGAGAACCUGGCUGUGCUGCUCAUGGCCCACAAGUUCCGGGUGCCCGUUUGUCCUCAUAGUGGAGGAGUCGGACUCUGUGAGCUCGUCCAGCAUCUCAUUCUGUUUGACUACAUCUCUGUGUCUGCAAGUCUCAGCAACCGCAUGUGUGAAUACGUUGAUCACCUGCAUGAACACUUCACCAGCCCUGUGGUGAUACGUGAUGCCCACUACAUGCUUCCUAAGGAUCCAGGAUAUUCUUGUGAGAUGCUGGAGUCAUCAGUGAAGAGACACCAGUACCCUGAAGGAGACGUUUGGAGGCUGAAUAUGGAGAAAUGAGGAGUCCAUCUUUUAUCUUUUAUCUUUUAUCUUGUACAGUUGUGCUCGUAAGUUUACCAACCCAGAAUGCAGAAUUUAUGGUUUCUUGGGUAGUUUCUGUUGUCUUUAUGAUAUAAAAAGAGUAAACACAGUUGUUUGAUAAAAAAUUUGCUUCACCCACCCACUAACCAUGAGUGAAAAAAAGUUUUUCUCUUAUCAUUCAUAUUCUCUGAAAAAUGCCCUCCAAGAAAAUCACAAAUUCUGCCAGGGUAUGUAAACGUAUGAGCACAACUGUAUGUGCAGAAAAUGCUGAGUCAUGACCAGGUGUUAGGGCUCAGUCCUGUACCUGCAGCAGUUUUUGAACAAUGUUUUGUGUCACUUUGGGUUUCUGAGCAAUAAGCAAUUCUUCACAAGUAACUCUGGCAGAAAUGUAGUUCUUUAUUUACUAAAGUGGUCUAGAAAUGACAAACUAAAAUGAUAUUUUCCAAACAACAAACACAAACACCAUUUAAAUAAUACAUAAGAAAGUAACUGAAAGAAAACAAAUCAUAGCUCUUGUCCUAUCAGAUGACUUGUUUCUAUAAGAUCUUUUUAGAAGUAAAAAAAAAGUACCUUUUACAAUUAAGAAAAAAAAUCCUUUUACCUGGCAUUUUGGAUGAACUUAACAUUAAAAACAUACGCCCAGCAACUUUAAAAGUGACUGAAUUAUAAAAAAUUUACAUAUGAACAAUGACACAUUUUCCUAAAGCACCAUACAAACCCCAUAUUCAUACCCCAACACAAUGACAUUUACACAGCCAUCUGCAUCUUAAUGGUGGGAUGAGGGUUGUAGUCACAGAUCUCAAAGUCCUCUGUGCGGAAAUCAUCAAUACUCUCCACUUUCCUCAGAAUCUUCAGCUUGGGGAACGGUCUGAUCUCCCUCUGAAGCUGUAAUUGUGAACAGAUGAUCUGGGUAAAUUGGAUAUCAAGCAUGUAAAUCAUUCAACAAAAGAAUACCAUUAACUAACCCACCUGUACUUUAAGAGGUUCAAUGUGGUUGACAUAGAUGUGAGCAUCACCCAGAGUGUGAACGAAGUCGCCUGGCUGAAAAGACGAGAUGACAAAUGAAUACAAGUCAGAUGAUGAAAUAUACGAUGAUGCACUUUAAAUGAGGGGACUAUAGUGAUCUUACCUGUAGUCCUGUGAUGUGUGCGAUCAUGUAGGUGAGAAGUGCAUAGCUAGCGAUGUUGAAAGGCACUCCAAGACCCAUGUCGCCAGAGCGCUGGUACAGCUGACACGACAGCUCGCCAUCGCAAACGUAGAACUGACAGAGAGCGUGGCAGGGGGGCAGAGCCAUGUGGGGCAGGUCUGCAGAAACAGGUGAGAGGACAUGGAGUUAUAGGAUUCUCCUGGACUGUAAAAAGAGUUAGAUAAGUCCAGGAUUAGUUAAAGUAGUUUUCACCUUUGGGGUUCCAGGCACACAUAAUGAUCCGUCUGUCCUCUGGGUUCUUCUUGAUGGUGUCAAUCACCUUCUGCAGCUGGUCAACACCCUGUCCGUUGUAAUCUGUGGAAGUAGAUGUUUUACACAAAUGGUCAUUUAAGAUUUAAGGUGACAUUAAUAUAGUUGGACCCCAUUUUUAAACUUUAAAAAAUAGGAUGUAAAAUGUCUAGUUUAUGGUUGCCACUAAUUGUCAUAUUUCCACACUGUACCUGCGUGCAUGUUUGUGUACUCUGCACCAAAGUGCCUCCACUGGAAACCAUACACAGGUCCUAGGUCGCCCUCCUCUCUGUCUGUGAACCCCAGAUUGUCCAGGAAGCCGCGGGAACCAUUAGCAUCCCAAAUCUUCACCCCUUUCUCUGAGAGCUCCUUGGCGUUUGUUGAUCCCUUUCAGCACACAUAGAAAAGAAAGCUCAAUUCACUUUAAUUUAAAACAAGACCUCAGGGGGAAAAUGCAGCACUCAUAUAUCAGUCCAUCCAAAUGACCAUAAUUACCAUAUUUAUCUGUGUUCAAAAUGUCUGCAAACCAAUUACUACUGAAAAGUUACUGCUUAUAUUUUCCUUUAAUAUUUACAUGGGUUCGAAUUUAUCUACAUUUCACCCACUUGAACAAAUAGCCUUAAAAAAACAGAAGUGCUUUCUUUGCUUUUUACCUUUAUAAACCACAACAGUUCUUCAAGUAUCCCUCUCCAGAACACUCUCUUGGUCGUCAGCAGGGGAAACUGAUCUAAAAACAAAGAAAAAAAAUACUUACAAACAUUUGAACAGGUUUUUUUUCACAACAUAAAUAAAUGAUUAUGAAGAUCCCUUCAGAUUGAUCAUUGAAAUAAUGAAUAUGAUAUGCAUGUAAAAUGAUGGAUACAACUCACGACUGCUCUCUAGUGGACAAACUCAAUAGUGACACUGUUUUGAAAUAACCACAAAUAUGUGGGCCUUUCUGUGCUGCAGUUUCUGUCAGCUACAACAUAUGACUCGCCCAUCUGUGGUCUGAUUUUUGUAACAAUCAAUGGGUACUAAAUGAACAUCAUCCUCCACUUUGUAUUGAAUUUUGCACAAUUUACUUUUUCUUUUUCACCAACCAUAAUCACCUCAUAAAUGAUAAUGUGCAAUGUUGACUUAUAGAAGAACUGUUUUCUAGAAAUGGCAUGGUGGUUGUAAAUAAAAGGCAAAUG